ACCUGCUAAAUUUUGGAACCUUGAUUGUCAGUGUCUUCGUUUCGUUUCAAUUUGUUCUUAUUUAAUAUUUAGUUCAUUUCAUAUAAUUAAUUUGCACCAGUGUUUGAUACGUUAUCAGAAUCUUGUAUACGAUGGAGCAUGAACUGGAUCAGAGGCUACGUGACAUUCAACGAGAGUAUUUAGAAUUUUUGGACGAUGAGGAGGAUCAAGGUCUUUACAACAAAAGAGUCAAAAAUAUGAUUGAGGAUAACAGAAGACGACUUCUUGUCAACAUCAACGAUCUACGGAGGAAGAAUCAGUCUAGAGCUCUUGGGCUGCUAUCCCAUGCAUUUGAAGAACAAGUGGCAUUUCAAAGGGCCUUGAAGGACUAUGUCGCCACUAUCGACCCUUCUUAUGCCAUGGAGCAUGAGGAAUUCCAUGUGGCGUUUGAAGGAAGCUUUGGCAACAAACAUGUGACCCCGCGAACUCUAACUGCUCGUUUUCUGGGAAACCUCGUUUGCUGCGAGGGUAUUGUUACCAAAUGUUCACUGGUUCGGCCCAAAGUUGUCAAAAGUGUUCAUUACUGUCCAGCUACUAAGAAGAGUAUUGAAAGAAGAUACACUGACCUUACGUCAUUGGAAGCUUUUCCCAGCUCAGCAUCAUAUCCCACUAUGGAUGAGGAUGGGAACUUGUUGGAAACUGAAUACGGCCUGUCCAAGUACAAGGACCACCAGACUUUGACCAUUCAAGAAAUGCCAGAAAAGGCUCCUGCAGGUCAACUGCCUCGAUCCGUGGACAUUGUGUGUGAAUAUGACCUGGUGGACUUGUGCAAGCCUGGAGACCGAGUACAGAUUGUUGGCAAUUACAGAUGUCUGCCGAACAAGCAGGGGAGUUUCACCUCCGGAACUUUCAGGACUGUAUUGAUUGCUUCGCACAUCACACAACUCAGCAAAGAGGCCACGUUGAUGAUUUCACGUGAAGAUGUCAAACAUUGCCGUCAGCUUGUCAAGAAAAGAAACAUUUUUGAGCUUCUGGGAAAAUCCCUGGCUCCUAGUAUCCAUGGCCAUCACUAUAUCAAGAAAGCCAUCCUAUGCAUGCUUUUGGGCGGAGUUGAAAAAGUUUUACCCAAUGGAACCAGGUUGAGAGGUGACAUAAACAUUCUGCUGAUUGGAGACCCCAGUGUUGCCAAGUCUCAGCUGCUGAGGUACGUCCUGGCCACAGCUCCGCGAGCCAUCCCCACCACUGGCCGAGGGAGUUCAGGCGUGGGUCUGACUGCCGCAGUUACUACGGACCAGGAGACUGGCGAGCGCAGAUUGGAAGCAGGUGCCAUGGUGUUGGCCGACCGAGGUGUUGUGUGUAUUGAUGAGUUUGACAAGAUGUCUGACAUGGACCGCACAGCCAUACACGAGGUGAUGGAGCAGGGGAGAGUGACCAUAGCUAAGGCUGGGAUACACGCUCGACUCAACGCUCGCUGUUCAGUACUGGCUGCGGCCAACCCUGUCUAUGGAAAGUACAACCAGUACAAGACACCGAUGGAAAAUAUUGGGCUGCAGGAUUCACUGUUGUCCCGUUUUGAUUUGUUGUUCGUCAUGUUGGACGUUGUGGACCAGGAUCAAGACCGGAUGAUCUCUGAUCACGUUGUCCGCAUGCACAGAUACAGGAAUCCCGGAGAGCAGGACGGUGAAGUGCUACCGAUGGGCUCGGCUGUGGAUUUGCUGACUACAGGCACUGACGUUGGGUCGGACGAAAUUGACACUCCGAUAUGGGAGAAAUACGACCCAUUGCUGCAUGGAAGCACUCGAUCCAAAACUGACCAGAUACUCAGCAUGAAGUUUAUGAGGAAGUACAUCCACAUAGCCAAAGUGUUGAAACCUGUGUUGACCGAGGAGGCUUCCGAUGCCAUUUCCGAGGAAUACUCCAGACUGAGAUCCCAAGACUUCAUGGAGUCAGAUGUUGCAAGGACUCAACCAGUGACAGUACGUACACUGGAGACUCUGAUUCGUCUAUCCACAGCUCACGCCAAGGCCAGGCUCUCUCGUCAUGUAGAACUAGAAGAUGCUCAGGCUGCCAUUGAGCUGGUCCAGUUUGCCUACUUCAAAAAGGUGUUGGAAAAGGAGAAGAAAAGAAGAAGGCGAGCAGGAGCUGCUGACUCAGAAGAAGAAGAUAGUGAAGAAGACGAUGAAACUUCUUCCCAGCGAUCCAAGAGGUCCCGUCGUGAGAAAGGAGGGGUGACCCAGCCAACCAUCCAGACUGGAGAGGAAGGAACACCAGACCCGUACACAUAUGACGAGACGGGUUCAGAGCCCAGCCCCACCAAGCGCCGCCGCACGCCUCGUAAGAAGCCGGCGGAGUCUAGUCAACCUACGGAGCAAGAACUACUAGACAGGGACGCCGGGCCUUCUGCAACCCCCGCCUUAGCUGCCCCUACUGAGAUCUCCACUGAGCGGUUCCAAGCGUUCAAGUCGAGUGUGGUAGAGGUAUUUAGGACGGAGAGAGCUCAGUCCUUGUCCCUCACUCGAGUGGUCGAGUUCGCCAAUGGUCUGAGCGCAGAUGCGCCGUACGGAGAGGGGGAAGUUGCUGCUGCGAUCGAACGCCUGACUGAGGCAAACCAAGUGAUGCUGGCUGAUGGAAUUGUCUUUUUAAUAUAAAUAGAGUGAACCAUCCAGAAAAUGGGCUAAAUUGGCUGAAUUUCUACAAAUAUUUUCUUGUAAAUACUUUAUGUACAUAUUUUUGGAACUCUAAUUGUAGAAAUUGACCUUAUCUCCCAUAAGUGUAACAGUUCAUCUUGAUUGAUUUUAAAUAUUGACAUUCGACCAAUCUUCUCAAAAUAACCUUAAACAUUCCAUUUUCAAUUUUCUAGAUUUGUUUUAUCGAUGACUAUUUUUUAGUAGUAGUGUUUCUUUCCUCUUCCGUGUAAGUAAAGCAAAAAUAAUAAACCUUUGGUACAAUUUUUAAUUCAGAUUUAUCAGUAUGAGCUUAGUGCUGGCUACUUUUUCAACUUGAACAAAUUUGGAUAAUUUUUUGUUAUAGUUAAAAUUCCUUGGAUGUUGUCGUUUAAGCAUUAAGUUUGAGUGAGUUGAAACACUCCAUAUUAUCAUUGUACUUUAUUCUUAAGCUGAAAAGCUCAAUAAAUUUCUAA